UACAGACCAUACACUCACCAGAAAUAUAUACCGAAAUAUGAACAGUAUUAUAGGGCUUAGAAGCUUGUUACAAACAUACAAACAUAACUCUCCGCUUUGCUACUAUCUGCAUGUGGGGUAAAGACAUCUUGGAAAAAAAGUUUCAAAUAUGACCGAGAAUGGUGGAAAUAGGGGCAUAAUGAUGACUAGCUUGGGGAACGGCGGCCAUCGGAAUAGUUAUGGCGCCUUGAAGGAAGAGACGAUGGCAGAAAGCGAGGAGAAUCCCAUCAAUGCCCAAAGACAGGUUCUACUGAAAGGAGCCAAGGCGAGACUGAUCUUCGCCCUCUCUCUUUGUACCCUCAUCGUGAUAGCUGAAAUUAUAGGUAGUAUUUUAUCUGGAAGUUUAGCCAUCAUGUCUGACGCAGGUCAUCUUCUUACCGAUAUUGUCACCUACAUCAUCAGUCUUACCUCAAUCUGGCUUGCAAAGAAACCGCCUUCCAAGAAUUUCACUUACGGGUUGCUACGUGCUGAGGUCGUCGGGGCUCUGUUUUCGAUUAUCCUGUCCGUCUGUCUCGCGGUCGUUCUCACCUAUUUUGCCGCUUUGAGGAUCGCCCACCGGGACUUCGAGAUCGAUGGCAAGGUUAUGCUUAUCAUCAGCGUCAUCAACUUCCUCGGAAAUAUUAUACAGAUUUUCCAGCUCCAGUUCGGGUUCUGCUGCUGUGCAAGUCUAUGUGGCGAGGAAGAGGAAGGUCUUCUUCCCAGCGGGCACGGGCACAGCCAUGGGGGCGGGCACGGUCACAGCCAUGGCUCCCUUUUCGGCGGUGGGAGCAAGGAUAAUGAAGUCAACGAUCACAUGAAUGUACGAGCCGCAUGUCUGCACAUUAUUGGCGAUUCUCUUUUUGGGUUCGGGCUCAUGGUGGGCGCCUUAAUCAUCUACUUUAAGCCGGAGUAUAAAAUCUUAGACCCGAUCCUGACUAUCAUCUUUGGUAUCCUGGUACUUCUCACUCUCCUCGGUUUGUUCCGAGAAUGUAUUCAUAUACUCAUGGCAGGUACACCGAGGGGCUUAGAAUAUGAUGAAAUUAAACAAAGGCUUGUUGAAAUAGACGGAGUGGAGGGCGUACACUCGCUUAGAAUGUGGUCUCUAACAUCAGAUGUGCACCUCAUAUGUGCCCAUCUUGUUUCAGCUCGGUUUUACGACGGUCGGCCAAUUGAUGCGCCCAAGAUACUGCUAGACGCUCGUCAUAUCCUAGAGACUCACUUCGGCGUCGUACAUUCCACCAUUCAGAUAGAGACUGUGGAAGAUGGAGUAGAAUUCUUGUGUGCAAGAACUACCGGACCAAAAUAAAGAAAUACUCCACGUCGGUCGGUUGUAGGACAAAAUAAUGCAAGCUCCAGCAACGAUUGCUCUACGUCAAUUUUGUUCACUUACCGAAUUCUGAAUGUCAACACUGGACCAAACACUAUUUGUAGCUUUCUUAAAACCCGUGCAACCCUUACCUAACUCUAACUUGUUAAAUUUUUAAAUUUGUGAUAUAUCAUAUUCUCUCAUUAAUUUGUUUUGUAUUGUAAACUGGACCCCUCGGUAGAACAGCUGUGCUGUACUAGCGCAGCUGAGCAGGGCGAUCCAUCCAAUUUUAUUUUCUCAUGUUAUCAUGUAUAUUGUUAUUUAUGUUUUUAUAUUGGUAAAUAAAAGAAAAUCAAAUCAAAUCUAAUUACACCUUGAUUCAUUGACGAAGUAAAGCCUGGAGCAAUUGUUUCCGGAGCAUAUCCACGAUCAUUGAAACUUAAAAUAUACUGCUUAUAAUAUACAAAAUCCAAAGACAACCGCUUUAACGAUUCAACUUUUGACUCACAUUACUUUGUGACCGCAUACGUCAUUAGAAUUGGACAUGGAAUUGGACAUAACAUAUAUAGGCCUAUAUGGAAGUCCCUGCCUUUGGAGAAAAUGAUUAUUCACUCAGAGUUUGAAUUCGAAGCGGCAAAAUGCAAUUUAAUCAUGGAUAUAUUUCUCUCAAAAUGUAUAUUAUUUUUAUGUACUCUCUCAUAACAAUGCAUGUUUUAGGUCUACACCUGCUCAGUAAUGGUACAUGGAACCAUAUUUAUUUGUAUUCCCCCCCCCCCCCCCCCUCUCUCUCUCUC